CGCGGAUUGGCUGCUGCGUUGCGGCCAAUGGGAGCGGGCGGUGUUGGCGUGUGCGGGCUGCAGAGCGCGCUGAGGUGAGGCGGCUCGGCGGGGCCUUGCGGGGGGAGCGGGCUCGGCGCUGCCGCAGCCCCGGGGCGCUGCGGGGCCCGGCAUGGGGCUGCUGAGCGCGCUGACUCGCGGGCUGGUGCGGGGCGCCGACCGCAUCGCGCCGUUCACCAGCAAGCGCGGCCCCCGCAGCCACAACAAGGGCCGAGGGGCCAAGAAGCUGGGCGUCCUCACCUCCAACAAGAAGUUCAUCCUCAUCAGGGAGAUGGUGCCCCAGUUCGUCGUUCCCGACCUGACGGGCUUCAAGCUCAAGCCCUACGUCUCCUACCGCGCCCAGGAGGGCUCCGAGCUGCCCAUGACGGCCAAGCAGCUCUUCACCGAGGUGGUGGCCCCCAGGAUCGAGAAGGACGUGAAGGAAGGCACUUUCGACCCGAACGACCUGGAGAAGUACGGCUUCGAGCCGACGCAGGAGGGCAAGCUCUUCCAGCUCUUCCCCAAGAACUACGUGCGCUAAGGAGCGACUGGCGGGGCUCCUCGGGGCUGCUGGGAAGUGUCAUCCUUGUAUGGGACUUGUCCUGCACCAGCAAAUAUGGGACACUUUCUUUCACUGGCUAUUAAAAGCAAAUCCUCCCAUUUUGUUUUUUUGUAAUGUUUGAUUUAAAUUACUGUGGAAACUGUUAAUUUCCCAUCAGUGACUAAAGCGUUACUUGAGUCUUA